AAAAUUGUAAAUUCGUUCAAAAUUUAAUUCCGAAAAUUACCUAAAAUUUACGAUAGCAAUUUAAUACAGUUUAAAGUAAUGUAUGUGUGUGUGUGUGUAUGUAUAUGUGUAUGUAUGUAUGUGUGUAUAUACGUGUGUAUGUAUGUAUAUAUGUAUAUGUACGUAUGUGUAUAUAUAUGCAUGUUUGUGCGUAUGUAUCCAUGUAUGUAUGCGUGUAUGUAUGUUGCACAUUUAUGUAUAUGUGUAUGCACGUAUAUGUGCAUGUAUGUCGUAUGUAUGUAUUUAUGUGUGUAUGCAUCCAUAUAUGUGUGCAUGUGUAUGUACGUAUGUAUGUAUGUAUGUGUAUAUAUAUAUCUAUGUCAAGAUAAAAAAGUCCUGUUGUGUUUGCGAAAGGAUUCAAAAUGAGAGAUCAAGC